AGAUAACGGAUCUACACAUACCCAUAAGCUAGAAAAGCUAGUCGUGACGAUGACGCGAACUUUCCGCCCGGCGCAAAAACAGCUAGACGCCAGCGAGCAGCGAGUUUCCCACAAAUCCCGAAAGUCUAUUGCAUAUCGUGCUUUCAACCUCAAGAUAUGGCAGCCUUUGAGGCAGUUACGUGUGACUGCCUCCCUCGAUACCCCGACGCUCGAACAAGUGCUGCACUCUCCUUGUGAUGACAGAUCGAAUGAAAAUCCAUUUGCCGUCGGUACAUGUGAUGCUUCUUUGCGCAACUGUUACUCUGCUUACUCUUUGCGCGCAAGCAUAGAUAUUACACAUGAAGAUUUUCUAGCGCUACUUCAAACACAUAUACCAUGGAACGCCAAAGCAUGCGCUGGCUAUCUCAAAGACAGGAUGCGUACGGCGUUGCAUCGUUCGCAAAUUUACCCCCAGGACGAACGCUUGGAGGAAUAUCAGCAUGUAUUUAAAACCGUCUUCUUUCCGCGAAUGCUGGCCAUGAUUGAACGCAUUACUGUCGCCGAGGAUGGUGAGCUACCAGCACUGGACCUUUGCGUCUAUGCGAAACUUGACUGCCUGCAUGGAUCUUUUCCAUUCUUCUACAAUGAGGCUCAUCAACACGCGAAUCGUCAAAUCGACCGCAUCUUCAAGAAGACUCUACAGUCGAUAAAACGACGUCGCAGAAUUCACCGCAGAAACGAGGGUGACGCGCAAGCAUGACAGCCCGAUGCAGCCUAUCUUUGUCAGUCUAUUCGCCGUUUCUGCGAUUAAUACAACCUUUGCGACUACAUUCCUACGUCCACACUAA